GGUCGGCCUCAACACUAACAGUAGAGAAGAGACGAGUACCGAGGAACGAGAAACAAAAUCCGUGAUUCGCUUAUUGCUAGGAUGCACAUUACUUCGGUUGCUCGAAGUCCCGGCGUCAUGUCACUAUAUUAAAUAAAUGAAAUUGACAGUUUAUCGCGAUAACAGUAAUAAUAUUUAAAAGUAGUUCGAUGUUCUCUCUUUUUCGCCGUACAAUAUUACGAUAUCAAUGGUUUCAAUCUAUGACAAGUCAACGACAAAAUUAACAUGUCUAAUCCUUAAUGAGACGCACAACAUUAAAGCAUGGUCUUCACGUCACGAAAGAUGAAACAGGUUGCCCUUUCCAUCAUCUGUAUAAUACUAGUAUUAGGAUUUUACAAGACGUUAGUUAAUCCAGAGGACGAACAAUCCUUCAGUCGUGUUCAUGUGCGAGAACGUAAAUCUAAUUUAGGAGAAACUAAUGAAAUACUGGCUAAUGAUGACAAGAUUCAAGAGGUGGACGAAGAUGCGCGCUAUAAUGACAUCAAAGAUAUCGAAGAAGCUAACAUGCGAAUUCGCGAAUUAGAGGAUAAACUACAGCAUCUAGAGUCUAAGAUAGAAAACAGAGGAUCUAAAGAUUUCCCGACGGUCAAAUUUCUUAAUUACAAGAACCGGAAAAGGAUAUUAGUCACAGGUGGUGCAGGCUUCGUCGGAUCGCAUUUGGUCGACCGUUUAAUGCUCGGCGGUCACGAAGUGAUUGUAGUAGACAAUUUUUUUACUGGAAGGAAACGUAACGUCGAACACUGGGUCGGACACGAAAAUUUUGAGCUUGUACACCAUGACAUUGUCAGACCUCUCUAUCUAGAAGUGGAUGAAAUAUAUCACUUGGCUAGUCCUGCUAGUCCACCUCAUUACAUGCUUAAUCCAGUCAAGACGAUUAAAACAAAUACUUUAGGUACAAUAAAUAUCUUAGGUCUUGCCAAAAGAGUAGGAGCAAGAGUUUUAAUAGCGAGCACAUCCGAAGUUUAUGGAGAUCCUAAUGAACACCCUCAAUCGGAAACUUAUUGGGGCCAUGUGAAUCCUAUAGGUCCAAGAGCUUGUUAUGAUGAGGGAAAACGCGUAGCUGAAACGUUGAGCUAUGCGUAUAUGAGACAGGAAGGCAUUUCCGUUCGCGUCGCUCGUAUUUUUAAUACGUUCGGCCCAAGAAUGCAUAUGAACGACGGUCGUGUAGUUUCAAAUUUCAUUCUACAAGCUCUACAGAAUGAUUCGAUCACCAUUUACGGUAGUGGGAAACAAACGAGGUCGUUUCAAUAUGUAUCGGACUUGGUCGAUGGAUUAGUCGCUCUAAUGGCAUCUAAUUACACUCAACCGAUAAACAUCGGCAAUCCUGUCGAGCACACGAUAGAAGAAUUCGCUGUUAUAAUAAAAGAUUUAGUUGGUACAAAGAGUAAGGUAGUCGAGCUUGCUGCGGUAGAGGACGACCCCCAACGGCGGAGGCCCGAUAUCUCUAGAGCUAAGAAAUAUUUAAAUUGGGAACCAAAAGUUCCUUUAGCCGAAGGACUUAAGCAGACGAUCAUGUAUUUUGCCAGGGAAUUACAAAGGACGAAACACUCGCAAAAAAGUAGUCUCAAGCAGUCUUCUUACAAGAACAAUCACGAUAUAGUAGAACAACUUUAGGAGAGUACGAGAUACUGCUAUGACUAAUUGUGGUUUUGUAAAGUGCCAUUACGCUAUGGACCACUGUGUGCCAAAAAAUUCCCCGUCCAAAUUGAAUUUUUAUUUAGAACGAAUCCGAAUUUACAUAAUUUUACGUUAGUUUAAAAUGAAACAAAAGGAUUAAGAAAAAUCCUUGAAAAUUAAUAUCUGAUGGUUUCCAUUUAUGAUCGAUAUUACAACAAUUACUUGCUUACUAUUGACGGAAGCUUAUUAUGUUGCGACAGAAUGAAAAUUGCAAAUUGAUUUCUCGUAGUAGUUUGUAAUCGAUCAAUGGUGCUGGUGGGAAAUUAUCGAUGGUCCUGUCCUUAUGUGAAUUACCGAGUUACUAUAACUAUACGGACUCUGACUAUAAAUAAUGUUAAACUGGAUAUUUAUUUAAGUCUUUCACCUAUUCAAUUUUCUUCCGAUUGUACAUGACCAUGAUAUGUAUAUUAUAGAAUUUCUGUAAACGAUGUACGUACCUCUGUAACGAUGACAUUAAUCGAUAUGCACUCGUAAUUAGCAAAUUUUUUUCCUUAUGAGGAGCGAAACCGUGUUUCCGCGGUCUCUUCCGAUUAAACGAUGCGAACGUUUCAAACACAUUAUAGAUAUAAUAUAGAUAAAAUAUUCGCAUUGUGCGAUAGAUCGUACGCGCGAGCUACGAGUACUGAACUAUUUCCUGAUUGUUUAAUAUUGUAACAUCAAAGUAAUUUUAUACUGUUCGAGAAUGUAUUAUAUACAACGUGUAAGACGAGUAAAACAAUUUUGUAAAAACGACA